AUGGAGUUCAACAUCGAGACCCAGGGACUUGCCAGUCCUCUUUCCUUACCCAAGGAUAUACCCAGGUACAUGCGCGAUCUCAAGAAGACUCUUGAUGCCGGCGGCCACUGUGUCCUGGAGAUGCCCUCGGGCACGGGAAAGACAGUGUCUUUGCUGUCCCUGAUCGUCGCCUACCAGCAAUACUACCCGGAACAUAGGAAACUCAUUUACUGCUCGCGUACCAUGUCAGAGAUCGAGAAAGCCCUUGCUGAGCUCAAAGCCCUCAUGAAGUUUCGAGCAUCGAGGCUCGGGCAUGAGGAAGAGUUCAGAGGUCUCGGCUUGACCAGUCGCAAGAAUCUCUGCCUCCACCCAUCGGUCAAGCGAGAGAAGAGCGGUGCUGUGGUUGAUGCAAGGUGCCGAAGCCUAACAGCCGGUUUUGUCAAGGAGAAGAAGGACCGAGGCGAAGAAGUUGACGUCUGCAUUUACCAUGACAACCUUGAUUUACUUGAGCCACACAACCUGAUACCCAACGGAGUCUGGACUCUCGACGGCCUUCUCCGUUAUGGCGAGCAGCACAAGCAAUGCCCUUACUUCACUUCGAGGCGAAUGAUGCAAUUCUGCAACGUCAUCAUAUACUCGUACCACUAUCUCUUGGAUCCCAAAAUUGCGGAACGAGUCUCCAAGGAGCUCUCCAAGGACUGCAUCGUCGUCUUCGACGAGGCCCACAAUAUCGACAAUGUGUGCAUUGAGUCGUUGAGUACUGACAUCACCGAAGAUUCGCUGAGAAAAGCGACGAGAGGUGCCCAGAAUCUGGAGAGAAAGAUUAGUGAAAUGAGGGACACGGACCGGAAACAGCUCGAGAACGAAUAUCAGAAACUAGUUGAAGGUCUAAGAGAAGCCGACGAGACUCGCCAGGAGGAUGCGUUCAUGGCCAACCCCGGGAAGCGUGCAGUUCUUCCUGAUGAUCUCCUAAACGAGGCGGUGCCCGGCAACAUUCGUAGAGCAGAUCACUUUGUGGCGUUCCUCAAGAGGUUCAUCGAGUAUCUAAAGACGCGAAUGAAAGUCCGUCAAGUCAUCUCGGAGACGCCGCCCUCGUUCCUCGCCCAUCUCAAGGAAUACACCUUUAUAGAGAAGAAGCCCUUGAGGUUCUGCGCUGAGCGCUUGACAUCUCUAGUGAGGACCUUGGAGCUCACGAAUAUCGAGGAUUAUCAGCCGCUGCAAGAAGUCGCCACCUUCGCGACCUUGGUUGCCACGUACGAGAAAGGAUUUCUGCUCAUACUGGAACCAUUCGAGUCAGACACUGCCGAAGUUCCCAACCCUGUCCUCCACUUCACAUGCCUGGAUGCUGCUAUUGCUAUCAAGCCUGUCUUUGACAGGUUUAGUUCUGUCAUCAUCACGUCCGGCACUAUUUCUCCCCUGGAAAUGUACCCAAAGAUGCUUGGCUUCUCCACCGUAGUACAGGAAUCCUACAGCAUGACACUUGCAAGAAAGUCGUUCUUGCCCAUGAUUGUCACCCGCGGCAGCGAUCAAGCAUCCAUCUCCACCAGUUUCCAAGUCCGUAACGAGCCGAGCGUGGUUCGCAACUACGGCAACCUUCUGACCGAGUUUGCCAAGAUCACACCUGAUGGGAUGGUCGUAUUCUUUCCUUCCUAUCUUUAUAUGGAGUCGAUUAUCAGCAUGUGGCAGGGAAUGGGCAUUUUGGACGAAGUCUGGAAAUACAAACUGAUCCUCGUCGAGACCCCGGAUGCCCAGGAAACAUCGCUGGCUCUCGAGACAUACCGCACGGCGUGCUGUAACGGCCGGGGUGCUGUUCUUCUCUGUGUCGCCCGCGGCAAGGUGUCCGAGGGCAUCGAUUUCGACCAUCAGUAUGGCAGAACAGUGCUCUCUAUUGGCGUCCCUUUUCAGUACACCGAAUCGCGUAUCCUCAAGGCCCGCCUUGAGUUUCUGCGAGAAACGUAUCGAAUUAGAGAAAACGACUUCUUAUCCUUCGACGCGAUGCGACAUGCGGCACAAUGCCUGGGCCGAGUCUUGCGCGGCAAGGACGACUAUGGAAUCAUGGUGCUGGCUGAUCGAAGGUUCCAAAAGAAGCGUCCACAGCUGCCAAAAUGGAUCAACCAGGCCCUUUCAGAUGCCGAUACCAACCUCAGCACUGACAUGGCCAUCAGCAGCGCCAAGAAGUUUCUGAGAGACAUGGCGCAGCCCUUUCGUGCUAAGGACCAAGAGGGCAUCAGCACCUGGAGCCCCGAAGAUUUGAGGAAGCACCAAGAGAAGGCGGACCAUGAGAGGAUCCUCGAGUUGCAGCAGGCUCAGGAGGGACCCACGGCCGUUCCUCUCUCUAGGGCCGUCGAUGGCGAUGACUAUGGCAUGGACGACGACGAUUUGGAGUGUGGGAUGAUGGAGCUGGAUACUGUCUAA